AUGUUAAUACCGACUUGUCUUAUAAAGCUUUGUGAGUUGAUGCUAACAGUAGCAUGCCUGACUCUCCACCACUAUAGCUACGACCUAACGGACGUGCCGACACUGAUGCUGUGUUCUGGUACUUACGUCGGCUACGUAGUCGUGCUCUCCGGGGAGAUUGUCGGAGAGAUGUUGUUCGCGCCGCUGGAUCUCGUCCAAGACAUGUACUUUGGCAUGCUCGGGGUCGCCUUGUUCUCAGUGAGCGGAGGCCUCGUCUUAUCCGCCAGGUUAAAAAACUCUGUGUAUCCGAGGACUGGAGACACCAAUGCGGCAAUACUGGCGGCUUCCCUGGCCCUUCUAAACGCAGUUUUCAUGCUUUUCGAUCUAAGCCUGGCAUACUUGGACUCUGAGGAGUACGAUGAAGAAGCGAGCGUAUAA